UAGGUCGUCCCGGAGAGCAGGAGUGCUGAACUCAGGAGAGACAUGGGAGUGAAGUAAAAGUGAAGAAGCCCGUGGGAAUAUAUCUGGAGAGAAUCCGGCUGACCGGAAAGAACUUCCCCUACACCUCCGGCCAUGGAGAGGGAUGGAGGGAGCAGAGCGGAGGGAAACGGCGAGAUGGAGCACACGCACCUUCACCUCACCUGCCUGCCGGAGAGAUACAUGAGGGCCAAGUUCUCCCUCUCUGCUUACAUCUUCUGCUGGGCUGUGGUGAAGCUCUGCCAGGGGCGAUUAAGACCGUCUCCGGUUCUGACACAGGCCCCACCUGUUGAGGAUGUUGCUGCUGAAGCUGGCUGUUCAGAAGAUGGUGAGUCUCAGCAGGAGGAGAACACAGACCGUCGGGAAUGGACUGAACCAGCACUGGAGGAAUCACAGGACACGACGGAGGAUUACUUCGAAACCCGUUCGUGCUACAGCGACACUUUCUCGGACUUCAGCCACGACGUUGAUGAUUGCUUUCGGACGCCUCUUAGCUCAGAGGCUGGCUCUGUCGCUGGAGCUCAUUUGGACUCUCCCAAGCACUACUUUGGCUUCAGAGAGCGGCUUCCUUCUUGCGCAGAAAGGCACCUUGCGACCUCUGAUGGUCUCCAGUGGGAAACAAAUGGAAAGCAUCCCAGGCCGGAGCCACGUGUCACUGAAAAAUCGGACACUGUGCCAUUGGCAAGCGAGUGCGGUGGGAUGACUUUAGAUGUUCCAGGGCGUGAUGAAGCUGCAGAUUGUUCUCUUACUGACUCAUUCGGGGAAGCUGGACUUCCUCCUGACGCAGAGGCGAGCGUGGCCGACCCAGCGACGGUCUGUUUUGCAUCAAAUGACUCUCAGCUUUUCACAGAGCCUGUUUCUAAAAGCCCACUUCCAAAGACACUGACUGAUGAAAAUGAAGCAGAGCUCCUGUCGGGUAACGGUUUUGAAUUGGCUGGUAUAAAGAGAAAUGAGAAAGAAUCACAAUAUGUAAGUGAUAAUGAAAGUGACACUGAAACAGAGUUGAUUUCGGAGUCAUCAAAGGAGGUGACCUGUUCAGAGAAACCUGAGUCGCUCCAGCAGCGUGAGCUGAAUCACCCUGAUUCGGAAACCUGUUUACAAGAGCCACAGCUUGAUGUGACAGAUACACACGUGGUGGAAUAUCUGGAACAGUUUGAGGAAGCUGGUGUGGAGAUCUCAGUAGUAGAUAGUAAACUUUUUGCCAAGUCUGAAUGCAAUCAGGAGGAAAAUGUUGACUCCUGCUUUCCUCAUUCAGUAAGUGAGGACACUUCUGAACACGGACACUUACAACAGGUCAGUGAUCAACCUUGCAAGGAUUAUAACCUUCUACGUUCGUCUGACAGCUCCACCUUCCGUCCUGAGGAUCCACCACCUUUCCAAAAGGAUAAUGAACAGUUUUGCAGGGGUUGCGAUGGUGAUGGUCUAAAUUAUAACGAGGAGAGAUUCUCAGAAGCUCCAGACAGUGAUCACUGUUCAAUAGAGGGCGGUCCCUCAAGCCUGUACUCUGACAAUUGUGUUUUGUCACAUUUGCCAGUCAGUGAACACAUUUUGGACAAAAUAGACACACACUGCACUGACCAUAGUGAGAUUCUGUCUGAAAAGGAUGCUGUUUUAGAUGUUCAUUGCACUCACAGCCAUCUGCAAGAUGGUGCUCUAGAUUGUACUGAACCCAAUUUGAAGGUUAGUGAACAAAACUUUAGCAAUAAAGCACAAAGUCACAGGGAAGAGAAAGUCAUAGUAGGUCCAAACUCGAUUACGUUUAAAAGCACUGAUACUGAAGAACGGAACUCACUCAGCCCCAUUCUGAGGACUCCUGCAGGCAGUGACAUUUCAAAAAUGUCAAGUGACGCCACUCCACAUCCUAAAACAUGCUCUGUGAAGGAAUUUACCAUCAUUCCACAGAAAGAGCAGGAGGUCAUUUAUUCGGACAACUCAGACUACGGUGACUCUCAUGUGAUGCUGUCUAAAGAGGUAGAAAGUGUUAGCUUUGGUUGUGCAGUCGACAGCAGAGUAGAUCGACCUCCAGGUCUGUUUGAAUCUGUCUCGCAAGAAUCUGUAACGGCUCCAGUCAGUCCGACGGACGUCUGCUUUGAAUUCAGGGAUGACCUGCCUGCGAACUGUACACAGAUCACAAGCUGUGAUUUAGCUAAUCUGUCUGACGUGGAUGAAGUGGUCAAAAAGAUACCGGUGUAUCCAAAACAGUGUCCAAGCAAUUUGUCAGCCAAACAGUUUGUGGAAGAAGACUUGACUAAAUCACAUGAAAGGGCCCAAGCAGAACACAAAAGAUAUGACCAUUCGUUCUCAGAGAAAGACGGUUACUGUGAGGAUAAUGAUGCCUUCACAAUUUUAGCAAAUACGCCCAGCAGCUUCCUCAAGACUUCUGAAUCUGUCACGCUGACAGACAACGAAAAUGAUAUUGUUAGCACUCUUAAUUUAGAGGCCGGUAACAGCUCCGGGUCUGGGGACUCUGCUCAGGAGCAUAUCAGUGAUUACCUUGUUGGGAAGGAGUGCCAGCUGCACUUCUCCGCAAUGGCCAGCACAGUCAACAUGCGCCGAUUUUUGGCGAGUCUAAAGUCUCAGAAUGUCCAUGUGACGUUUCUAUUAACAGACCUGAAUAUCCAGAGAUUCUCAGAGAGGAAGGCAUCUUGCCUGUGA